AUGACCUUUAAUGAUCUAAAUGGAUCUCCAGAUGUUCCCAAGAAGCUGUCUCCUCGUGCUGCUCGGCCACUAAAGUUAGCAGCGCUAGAGACAGACUCUUCUUCAUCUGCUAUCUCAGCUAAUAAUAGAAUACCAAAGGACACAAGUCCAAAAGUUUCAGACCGUAAACCUUCACCAAGUCCUUUCUCCGAGAAGAAGAGGCCGAGCAGAAUAACGGAGCUUGAGUCGCUAGUCUCACAGCUUCAAGGGGAGCUGAAGAAGGCGAAACAUCAAGUCAGUGUGUCUGAGACAUCAAAGAAGCAAGCAAAGCAAGAAGCAGAAGAGUCCAAGAAACAGCUACAAGAAGUUUCCUCUAAGCUCCAGGAGACUAAGAAUCAGGUCUUGGAGGAAGAAACAGAUAAAACCGGUGCUUUUAAUCAUCGAAGUGUAUCUCAGGGAUGGGAUUUGGAGUUUGGUGCUACUAGUACUAAUGAAAGGGGACGACUGGCUGUUGUUGUUCAAGAGAUCCGACAACUCAAGCUUCAGAUUGAGAUGGUGGCUUCUUCUGAAGCUGAUCAUGUGAAACAAGCUGAGUUGCGUAACUCUGAGAUUCAGCUUUUGAGAGGAAACUUAAUGGACACGCUUUUCCUCGUCGAGAAUUUUAGUAACCAACUUAAGGACUGUGAGGUAACAGACGCUGAAACGAAGGCUUUAGCCACCGAAACUCUAAGGCAAAUGGAGAAUGCUAAAAAGGCAGUAGAAGAACUGAAGUCAGAUGGCACAAAAGCAGUUGAUAGUUAUAAGAAAAUGGCGGUGGAGCUUGAACAGUCAAAAUCUAGGAUGGUAUGGCUUGGAGGUCUUGUGACCAAACUUCUGGCUAACCCGGGGGUUUUGGAAAACCACGAAACUCUGCUUAAAGAGUAUGCAAGUUUAGAACUUGGGGAAUCAAAUGAGAUGAAGGAUGAAAUAUCUUCCUUGAGAUGUGAGGUAGAGCGACUGAGAGCGGCUCUAGAAGCCUCUGGUAAAAAUGACCAAGAGGGGAAUGUAAAGGCUUCAUCUCGGUUAAGGAUACAAGCUGAACUCCGGUUUGAAUUAAGGACAGCUAAAUCCAAGAUAGACAAGCUAGAGGCGAGGUUGGUGGGUAAGGAAACAGAAUUAAAGUUUAUUUCAGAGGAGAACGAUAACCUAUGCCUAUUACUAAAGAAGAACCAGAAAGAGACAGAUGCUGAAGCUGAGCUGAAACAACAAAGGGAGGUAAUCAAGAAGUUAAAGGCGGAUUUGAUGGAUAAAGAAACACAACUCCAGAUCGUUUCAGAUCAGAACGAGACACUGAAGUCAGAUAUCCACAAGAGGGAGACAGAUAUACAAGACGUGCUCAUGAAGCUAGGGUUUGCAAUGAGAGAGGCUGAGAAGAAUAGCCAGAGAGCGGUUAGAGUCACUGAGCAACUAGAUGCAACUCAAGCGUCAAACUCAGCAAUGGAAACAGAGUUAGACAAGCUAAAGGCGAGGUUGGUGGCUAAGGAAACAGAGUUACAGUUUAUUUCAGAUGAGACCGAUAACGUAUACCUAUUACUGAAGAACCAGAAAGAGACAGAUGCUGAAGCUGAAGCUGAGCUGAAACAACAAAGGGAGGUAAUCGAGAAGUUAAAGGCGGAUUUGAUGGAUAAAGAGACACAACUACAGAUCGUUUCAGACAAGAACGAGACACUGAAGUCAGAAAUGGGAACAGAACUCAGGGAGCUCCAAGUUCAAUCAAACCAAUUGAGAGAAGCUGCGGAAAAGGCUAACGCCAUGCUCUCUGCUGGAAACAACAAUAAUCAAAGAAACCCUUCUUACUCUGAGGAUAUCGAUGAUGGUGCAAAGAAGAAAACAGGGAAUAAGCUUAAGAAGAUUGGUGUUUGGUGGAAGAAGUCGCAGAAAUGGGUGGAGACUAACAGAAUAAUAAUAAUAAGGUACCGUUGA